CCUAGAUCCUGCCUCCCCGAACUUCUCAUGCACAUGCACAUACAUCGGAUCCGAGGUUCUUCUCUUCAUCAUCCCAUCUGGGUUUCCCCUCGCAGCACAUGCAUCGCCCUCUGCUGCCCUGCGGUCCAGAGCAGAGGGGGCUGUCGGCAUGGAAGGACAGAAGCGUCGUCGAAACAGCCUUUGCUAUUUUCUAGAACUUCCGACUCCGAUAGUAUUCACCCCAACGCGCGUCUCUAACGCGUGUUCGGUCGGGCGUUGCGAUAAGCUAACGGGUAUUUAGACGCGCCAUGGCGGCUGUAGGCUUCAUUCGAACAUCUAAACCCUUUCGAUCGUCCACUGUCUUUCUGGCCUCUUAUUCUUCUGGCGUCAUUCAAUACUCAUCACUGCUAUCACCGUAAUCACCGCUCUCCCCGCCGACAUGGCUCCAGUGAAGGUCUACGGCUUGAACAUGUCGACGUGCACGAAAAGGGUGCUGACCACUCUCGAGGGAGAAGGCAGUCACGGAGUACGAAGUGGUUCCGGUGGACCUCGGGAAAGGCGAGCACAAGUCGGAAGAGUUCAAAAAGAAGCAGCCAUUCGGAGUCAUUCCCUUUCUAGAUGAUGGGGAAGUUCAAGUCUUCGAAUCGCGUGCCAUCGCUCGUUACAUCGCUGACAAGAACUCCAGCCAAGGCACCGACCUCCUUGGUUCCACGCUCAAGGAGCGUGCGCUGGUGAACCAGUGGCUGGAGGUGGAGGCGCAGAACUACAACCCGCCCAUCUCAGCCCUGAUCGCAGAGAAGGUGUUCAAGCCCAUGUUCGGUGGGGGCGAGCCGGAUGAGGCCAAGGCAGCAGAGCUGAGGCUAAGCUCUCAGUGGUGCUGGACGUGUACGAGGCCCACCUGGCCAGCAGCGAGUACCUGGCCGGGUCCGCUUUCUCCCUGGCGGAUCUGUCCCCACCUGCCGUACACGGCCAUGCUGUGGGCGUCAGGGGAUUCGGAGCUCAUCACCUCCCGACCCAAUGUCAACAAGUGGUGGGAGAGAAUCUCCUUCCCGCCCCUCCUGGAAGAAGAUCUCCGCCCUGCAGUGACACUGACAGCCCUGAAGUGAGGGUGUAGAAUAUUCUGAGAAGGCCAAUUCUGUGUACCACCCUGUAUGCCUUGGGAUAUGUGUACCAUAUUUGGUGGAAAACUGUCUGUUUCAGGCUCUGCACUGCAGUUGAAACAUGCACCUGAGAUGGAAAGUCAUGUGAUAUGUGGAUGAAAACAACAUGGUGAAGGAGGGUAGAUCAGCGGAGAUUGGGGGCUCGGUUGAUGAAAAGGCUAUGGUGCGCAGAGUAUGGUUGAUAAGGGCGUAUUCCUAUAACCUGAUUCCGGGAUCAGACUUGCACGAAAUCC